GAGAGAGAGAGAGAGAGAGAGAGAGAAAAAUGAAAAAUGAGUCAAAGUCGGUGGCGUAGGUCCUUUCGGUCAAAGCGAAAAAGCUUAAUUAAAGGGCCAGGACUUGGUAGGAGACGGCGAAUUGCAACGGGACGUCCGGCACGAUGCAACGGGUAAGGUGGGCCAAGGGGAGAAGGAGGUAGCCGGUAGACGCAUUCCAGGAGGAGACCGCGAGCGGACUUUGAAUCACGACGAAAAGUCUGGGCCGAUUACUCGGGGCGUUCGAUUUCCAAGGGAUUCGGAGAAUCCUGUCGAAGAAGCUCGGCCGGCCAGUGGCGGCGGUGGCGGUGGCGGUGGCGGUGGCGGUGGCGGUGGCGGUGGUGACGUUGACGGUGACGGUGGCGGUGGUGGCGGUUGCAGUAGCAACAGAAACAGCAACAGCAACAGCAACGGUGACGGCGGCGUCGGCCAAGUUUUCGGUAAAUGUGUCGAAGCCCGUUCGAGGUACGGCGAGUCCAGUGUCGUUGGCCUCUCUCUCUUCGUUGCUGCCGUUGCUAGCGGGCUGUUCGCCCUGCCGUCGACCGCCACCGUCACCGUCCUCUUCUUUCUCCUUCUUUCUCUCUCUUUCCCUCUUUUCCUUUCUCUCUUCGUCUCUCUCUUUCUCUCCGUCUCUCUCUCUGUCUGUCUGUCUGUCUGUCUGUCUUUCUUUCUUUCUUUCUUUCUGUAGGACGAUGCGUAUACGCUGACGCCACUGGUUGCCGCCACCGCCAGCCGUACCGGCGGCCGCCACUGGCUGCUUCUACGGCACGGAGAAUCCGAGGCUGCCGAGGCCUAUCCCUGUCCCCUCCUGCCCAGAGAAGCCAUCCUCUUAUUCCCACUCCUCCUACGGAGCACCUGUCGUGCCAGGGAGUUCUGCGCGUUAGGGGCGCUCGCCGGAGUAUUCUUACAGAGAUCGGUUUGAAUCGUCCGCGUUUAAGAACGCAUGCGCAAGAGAGACGCGAACUCUAUAGUAAUCUCUCUGUGAGUUUGCGCGAUGUUCGCGACCGCGCCAAGGUAAACGCCGACAAGGAGGUCACGGCACCGGUGAAUUGUGUUAAGUGACGGAAAUCUCGUCAAGAAGAGACUCGUCCUCGAAGAGGACGACGACGACGACGACGACGACGACUAUUACGUGGAACUUGGUCUCGUUCCGAGUCUAGACGAGUGUCGAUGCAGUGCUAGAUCCAACUGAUCCAACUUGCGAGUACGUCUUCAAGCGUUACGCACGGUGACUCUCGCGAAGAGAUCGAGAGUUGUACACUCGAUCUGGAAAAGAAAAAGAAAGAAAAAGAAAGAGAGAGAGAGAGAGAGAGAGAGAGAGAGAGAGAGAGAGAGAAAGGACGAAAGCGCAAAGCGAUAAGGAGAUAAAGGUGUCUGCCGGGAUGCAGCAGGAGGAGCCGUUCAGCUCCAGCUAACACGUGGUCCACACACUCCAAGAUCGCGAGGGAAGCGUGUUUCAUCGUGAGAGGCUGGGACCUCCAGGAUGCCAGGGGUGUGGAAGUUGCUACGCAUGCUGAUCUAUAUGGUGGUUGGCUUGAAGAACGUUGGUAGCAACGGCGACAUCUGGCCGCUUGAAAGGCCAGAGGGCAUGCCGGCCAUCCAGUCCCUCGAAGUGAUGUGCGGAAAGGAUCACAUGGACGUUCAUCUCUCGUUUUCGCAACCUUUCGAGGGAAUCGUUUCGUCCAAGGGCCAACAUGCCGAUCCUCGAUGCGUCUACGUUCCACCGUCGACAGGACAAACGUUCUUUUCAUUUCGAAUAGCAUAUGCCAGAUGUGGUACAAAGCCGGAUAUGCACGGACAGUUUUAUGAAAACACCGUUGUCGUUCAAUACGACAAAGAUCUACUUGAAGUAUGGGACGAAGCUAAACGAUUGCGAUGCGAAUGGUUUAACGAUUAUGAGAAAACAGCGUCGAAACCACCGAUGGUGAUAGCUGAUCUCGAUGUGAUACAAUUAGAUUUCCGAGGGGACAACGUGGACUGUUGGAUGGAAAUACAACAUGGGAAAGGACCAUGGGCUCCACCAGUGUCCGGCAUCGUUCCUCUUGGCUCGACUCUCACGCUGGUCGUCGCGAUAAACGAUUACCGAGGUAACGAGCGACAGAACUCCCAAGGUGAGUUCGACAUGCGAGUCAAAUCAUGCGUUGCUUCGGACGGCGGGGGACAUACGAUACAGCUCAGCGACGAGUUCGGGUGCGUUCUAAGGCCUAAGAUGAUCAGCCGUUUUCUCAAGGCCAGAGGAUCGGACGAUCGGGCUACUGUUAUAACAUAUGCUUUCUUCCAUGCGUUCAAGUUUCCCGAUGCCCUUAGCGUCCAUAUCAAGUGCAAGGUGGAGAUCUGUCGGCACGGUUGUCUCGAUCACUGUCAACUUAGCGGCUCGGUGGGACAUUACAUUCAAGAACGUAAGGAUCAGAUCCUUCAGCAAUAUCACCAGACCACAGGAACGCCCAUCAUUCACAACGACGAUAAUAACAGUGCGGAGAAAAACGAAGGGGGCGUAAACGAUGAACAAAACGACGGUUCUCUUUACGACGACAUCAUUCAGAACGGUGACGAGAUGACUUCGAUAGGCGGACAAUUUCUGGGCGUCGAGAAGUCCGUUGUAAAGGCUCAGCCGCAAACAAGCAAUCGACUUCCAGCUCCCGUGGUAGAGCCGCAAAACGAGGACGACGUACAUCCGGACGAUCUUUCGCGGCCGUUCUUGGAACCACCAAGAGUUACGAGAUACGAGAGCGACCGUGAACAAUUCCCUCACGGGCCACGUAACUUAGAAGAGGACGGAGGUUCGAGGCCGGUGACACCUUUGUCUUCGGCGAACGUGAGGCGAAAGAGAUCGGUGGUGGUGUCGGAUAGAAAGGUUCGAAGCGCGGACGUUGGUGUAAGUGGAAUCUACGAGGUAAUAUCUGAGGCUGACCUGGCCUUCAGUCCGGAUACCCACGCCGAGGCCGUGACAGUCUUUCAAGGGAGAAUACGGGAGGAGGUUGUAUAUGGUAUUUGUUUGCCGAUGCCAGGCUUCAGUGCUUUGUUCGUCGUCGUAGCUCUUUCAGCGGUAGUCUCGGCAUUAGUUGCCGGUGCUAUGUUGCAUCGAUUGCAAGCACAGCGUGAAGCAGUCGUAGGUAAUAGCAGAAAAAAUCGACCGGUCGCUACGGCCAACGGUUGGUUACUUUAUGGUCUCCUUCGUGUACGUUGUACGACGAGACCUCCACCUCCACCACCACCACCACCAUCAUCGUCCUCAUCCUCAUCGUCAUCGUCGUCGUCAUCCUCCUCAUCAUCGUCAUCGUCAUCGUCCUCGUCAUCAUCAACGCAAUUGCAAAAACAAUCGAACGAGAUCGUCUCGAGAGAGACACCUUCGAUCGAGAGAGGCUGAUCCGAACGUAACGACUCCAGCGACUCGAC